AUGCUUAACGUUAUUUUAGAUCUCGUAUUUAGUAAGCCGUUCGGCGAUCUAGCUUCUAAUUUAGAUAUUUAUAACUAUAUUUACUUAACGGAAUAUAAUAUACUAAAUAUCGUCGUCGCGGCCGUUCUACCCUCUUUACUCUAUAUAUUAUUAUAG